UAGUUGACCGUCAAGAAAAUCCGACAAUAUGGGUAAAGGAAAGCCCCGUGGUCUCAACGCCGCCCGCAAGCUCGAGGCUCACCGCAAGGAUCAGCGCUGGGCUGAUCUCGGCUUCAAGAAGCGUCUCCUCGGAACCGCCUACAAGUCCUCCCCCUUCGGUGGUGCUUCCCACGCCAAGGGAAUUGUCCUUGAGAAGGUCGGUGUUGAGGCCAAGCAGCCCAACUCCGCUAUUCGCAAGUGUGUCAAGGUCCAGUUGAUCAAGAACGGCAAGAAGGUCGCUGCUUUCGUCCCCAAUGACGGUUGCUUGAACUUCAUCGACGAGAACGACGAGGUUCUCCUUGCUGGAUUCGGUCGCAAGGGUAAGGCUAAGGGUGAUAUUCCCGGUGUCCGCUUCAAGGUCGUUAAGGUCUCCGGUGUCGGUCUCAUGGCUCUCUGGAAGGAGAAGAAGGAGAAGCCCCGCUCUUAAACGAGUCAAAAAGCAAUAUGCAGGGG